AUGGUACACAGUUAUAACAAUGCCUUCUUUUCUCACAUUUCGCCGACGUUCCUUGACGGGGCUCAGCCCCGCAAACGACUUGGCUAUUACUACGCAAUCAUCGGAACCCAGACUCCAGGAACAGAGACCCCAUCAACAGCCGACAGACUCCGGAGAACUGCUCCGGAAAUAGCGACCAAACAGACCAACCAUGAAGAUCAAUCAUGCAACCACAAGAACACGGAAGAUUCACCAUCGAGCCCUACCUCACCGGUCGCUCAUUCUCAUGGAGAGCCAAAGCAGCCAGGCAAUAUUCAAGACUACCUAGAGCUUCGGCUGGAUGAAGCAUGCAAGCCUCCAGACAAGCUCGACGGGACCGAUCGGUCAGAUGAUUCGGGCUGGACAAAGAAGGAGGUGAAAGCUAUCCUAUCUGGAGCGCCCCAUUUUCUGCUUGAGAGAGGCAGACAUGGUCGCUGGUAUCCCCAGGUGUUAUUUCCAUGGGAUGACCACCACCCGUAUAUCCAGAGAAUGAGGGAUCGCAAACCACUUCUCCAUCAAUCCUUCACCCUGUGUACCCUCCAUGCCCAUCUGCCCGUUCUAGAUGACUGGGAGGUCAAGAAUGGAGUGUUAGUACCAGUUCACGACUGGCGUCGGACAGGUGGGUCGAAAAGAGCCGCUUUCGACGUAGGCGUAUUCGAAGUUCCAAAUAUGCUCGCCAAUAAUGGACACGAGCCGGGAACCUUUGGAUAUCGAAACUUUUUAGAAAUCCCGAUCGCAGAUGUCACUCAGUAUACCUGCACCGCAUCAAGGCAAGCUCCAGACAUGGUGCAUAUUUCGGAACUGGUCGCCUCAGAAGCCCAAGAGUUAAUGAUGGGCUAUAACCACGCAUAUUCACAAUGCCAAAGCGGUGCUGUAUUUGAUCGAAAGAAGCUUAUCCGAGAAGGUCCCGUUGCUUGGAAGCGCAUUGGAGUGCGAGAUGUUAACCUUUUGAAUUUGACGAACCGCCUGAGUAAUUUACAAAAGUUGCGCGACGAUGUUAUGAAAAAUGGAUCGAAGCGGACUAUCCUAGACUAUGAGAGCCCACGGCAGCUUCUGGAUACCUUACAUACCCAGUUUCUUCACCCUCACCCUCCCAUGUCAAACCUUAAGGCAGGGUAUCCGCAUAGUCUGAAAUCCCAGAUCAAGGUACUGACAACUGUUCUUGCUACCCCGGGAGCAUGGAUUGACUUCAGUAUACCUGAAUGGCGUCUCCGUGCGGGUCAGAUUCUGUGGGAAGUACCACCGCCACUGCCUUCCGCGAGUUCUGGGAAACCACAAGAUUCGUGGAUCAAUUCGGGCAUGGAACGAAAAUGGUUACUGAUUCAGUUGGUGCUUGCUGCAGAAUUAUUAUUUCGUCUUGAUGCCUUUGUCCGCGUUGGCAUGCUGCACGAUCCCCACGGGGGAUUCGUCACGUCCCAAGAGCUUCAGCACUUUGAAAAAAUGCGAGAUGGAAAGGUGAAUUGGGAUUUGGUUGUUGUGCGGCGCUUCCUCGAUAGUAUUAAUAUUACAUCUGCUUUGCCAUCACCUGAGUCAUCACCGACUGGAUUGCAGUCACCACAUGCCCAAGACAAGGCGGCUGGAAAAUCCCGACACUUUGCCUUAUUUGAAUCAAUUAGUCGACGGGUGUCAUCUAACGCAGAAUCAAAUCUGAAAUCAGCCUGGCAAUAUCAGCUUACCUCUCCGCACAUCCAACAACAGCUGGACGGGCUUUAUAUAUUUGCGGAGAACAUUGGAUGGCCGAUGAUAGACCGUCUCAAAGCUACGUUGGAACAGAAAUUGAGAAGUGGCACCGAUUUGGUCAUUCCUCCGGUUGAUACGGAUGUCUGCUCCCAGGUCGAACGAGAGCUGCCUGCCCGAAGCUUUUCCUGUCGGCCCAUCUGGCUCCGUAGUACUUGUGAACAAGAUGGGGAUCCACAUGCCUUGGAUCCUUUGGGCUGGAUCUCUCGAAGCUGGCUCUCUGGGUUUGUCGCUCCCGGAGGAAGUAUUCCUCAUCUACUCAUAGGUACAAUAUUGGAGAAUGACGCGGAUGCAAUCAUGCAGGUCGGCCCAAUGGCCAAUCUAUACGGUGGAUUUAUCUACGACGGCCGAAGCUGGUGGAGCAAAUCAUGCAUUAUUGGACGUGUCUUGUCUGGCCUAGAGGGAGCCAAGACUUGUAUGGGAUGGGUGGGCAGCGACGUACUUCCCCGCGACGCUGUAACCUUGGAAACUCUGCAGCCAGGCUGGUUCGACGUUCAUGCCCACCACAUAGCACCUUCGCACCACCCUCGGAUUAAACAAGGCGGAAAACUUGCUCUGAAGUCGACCCCACUGGGUACUGGAGACAUCAGUCCAACAUCAUUUACCCUACCCGUUGAUCCGCCACAGACAGGACCAGCACUAAGCGUGGGUCUGGGAGCCUUGGAAUUUACCUUGACUACGCCGAAUAAGAGGAACAUUACUGUUAGCGAAGGGGCAUCACUCUCCUUCUCCUGGAGCGGGACAGAAGUGACGGAACCUUCUUCCGUCACAUUCUCACUCAAAUACAAUGUGCGCUUUAUAUCUACGAUUGAAUGCCGACCACCGCGGGGUAUGCCAUGCGAGGGCAAAUUGAAGCGUCUACCAGGCCAUCCCUUGCAUCAGACUUUUCAAUACCAGUAUGUGCCGCUGGUAUCCCUCCCCACUCGUCCCCCUCCACAAGCACAAGCGAAGGUGCCGGGAAAGGAUGUAGAGAUCUUGGUGAUCGAUGCGCGCGGAGAUCGUGUCACGGAAACCUUUGCUCGAGCGUGGUGUACUUCGGUUGGGUGUCAUGCGUUGAUCAGUCGAGUUGGAAGAACGUGUAUUGCCUGCUCUGUUCGAGAAGCCAGGGCAGUAGGUGUUUCAGUUGUAGUGCGAGUCGGCGAGUAG